CAAACGGCGAGGGAGAUCUAUAUUUAUAAUCUAGUCUAGAUAUAAGCCUAAGAUACCUAGAUCUAGAUGUAGAUCAUAUUUUUUUAAUGUUAUAUUUUGUUUCGUUGCGUUUUUUUUUUAACUUUAAAAAAACUGGAAUGUCCCAGUUACGAGGUCGAGAGUAACAAGCGAGAAGUAAACAAUAGCAAUCAGAAUAAUGAUUCAGAUCUAGACUCGAUCAUCUCAUACUGUAUCUAUAGAUUUGAUUAAUCAUUAUAGAUCUAGAUCUAACUAUCAAACAUAGACCUAAAGUCGAUAAAAUUAAAACCUUUUAGAAUCUAGACUCAAUCCAAAAAAGUGGGCUUUAUUAGAAUUAGAGUAGAGUCUACUUCAAAGAAUCACAAGUCAAGAAUUAAUGACAGUGUCAAAGAAAAUUGAGAGUACUCCUUGACUUGAAUUCAUUUGAAGUCAAUUGUCAGUUCCAGACAGAUUUGAGGAAGUGGGUAUCUGUGACAAGGAUUUCCUUGCUGCCUUUAGGACUUUAGCUAACACAACUCUGCCCGAGAAGGGAUUGGAACUUGAGCCCACUUAAUAGGUUGCCAAGCGACUCUUGUUAGACACACGUCUGACAUUGUAUACCUUAUAAUGAAACAAGCCACAAGGUUCCAUAAAACCAGAUCACAUGGAAUGUCUAAUAUGCCAGUCAUUGAAGAUGAUACCGCUGAAAUUUCAAAAGAAGAAAUGAAAGAAAUUUAUCGAGAGUUACAGGCUAUCAGUGACAAAUUAAGAGAAGAAAAUAACAUCCUUCAUGAACGUGAAGCCAAGUUAAAAGAAAGGGAGCGAAUGCUUACCAUUUCCCAGGAAAGCUUACAGACAGUCACAGAUCAUCAAAUGAGAUCAAAAAUAAGCGCAUUAGAAGAGAAAUUUGGCUCAGAAAUUGUACAACUUGAACAGACUUUAAAAGAAAAACUUAAGGAGAAUAAAAGAUUGAAGGAAAAUUUUGAAACUAUGAAGCAAGCCAAUGAUGCAUUAAAGAAAGAGAUUGAGGUUUUAACUUUACGAAACAGCAAACUAGAAAAAAUGUCAAACAGUUUACAAGCAAGAUUUGUCAAUUUACAGCGUAAGCAAGAAUAUGACUUAAAAUUAAAAGAAUCUGAUACAAUGAAAGUAACUACUGAAAUCAGUUCUAACCAGCAGUCAAGAGAAAAUACAUCUCAGAAAUUAGGGGAAAAGCUAGAAAACAAGAUACUAAAGAACAAUACUCCACAAAAUAAACAAAGUGUUGUUCAAGUUUAUUCCACUACUGUAUCAAUCUUGUUUGACUGGAUUUGUGAAGCACACUUGAGACAAAGUCUGACAGAGUUACCCAUAAAGCCAGUCGAGACAUACAAGUCACUUCCAUUUAUCCAAGACAAAGUGGUCAAGAUUCUCCCUAAUCUUGUUGAUAUAUUACGUGAUAAUUCUUCCAAUAUCCACUGUGGUCUGCCUUGCUUACAAUUCAUCUACUGGUCACUUCUCCAUUUAGACCAAGGUCAAAGUCCGCUGAGCUUGAACAUGUCAACAACAACAAGACGAAUUGGUGAAGAGAUAUAUUAUCCUAAAUCAUCAAAAGUACCAGAUGUAGAAAAGAUGAUUGGAUCUUCAGCAACAUUGAAUGAAAAAAUAAAAGAACCACUUUUUAUGCGCAGCACUAAUAAUCAUAUAAGACUCCUGUCUACAUUGAUAGUCUUAAAAACUCUAUCUAGAGCUGAUGUUAUAGCCCAAGCUUUUAAUAUGCUCAAGUUAGAACUAAAAUCUGAACAUGCUAAAGAAUUAUUCUUGUAUUAUCAAGCAACCAAUGUGAUACUGAAUUACUUAAAGCCCAUUCAUAAGGCAUUUACUUCAGUUGCUAUGGAAAUUCUACUUCAAAUGGCAACAGAUUCACCUUUUCAACAGAUGUUUUUUGAAAGUUGCAGCAAUGAAAACUUCUUUCGUUCAGCUGCAUUGCUAAUCAGAACACCAUUGCCAGAUAUAAAAGUGAUGGAGAGACUAAGUAUUAUACUACAAAAAUUGUCUAAACUAAAGUCAAAUAGACGUUUCUUUGAAACCUACACAAUCGUUGCUAUUAUUCAAGAGAUGUUGGUGUCUGGAGGAAAUGAAAAUGCUUUUUUAAAUUUAAAUUUGAAAUCUAUUCUUCACAAUUUGAAAAUACCAGCUAAAACACUAUUUUAAAAUGUAAAUAAUAUGCAAUGCAAAUGACA